UCUUGUUCUUCUUGUUGUUGUUGUUGUCAUCAUCUCUGACUGUCUUCUCCAUAACAUAUUGGUUUUCUUGGAGAGUUGGGAGUCCAAUCCAUCAUGGGAAAGCACAGCAAAGGCCGCAAGAGAGAGAACCUGGGCAAAGGCAAGGUGACCCCUGUCCAGAUCGCCUUCAUUGUCGGCCGCUACCUCGAGGAUAAUCACUACACCAACACCCUAUCCUCCUUCAAAUCUGAGGCCGUGGAUCUCUUCUCGAGAACCAAAGGCAAAGAGGUUCCCAAAGGAUUGAUGGGGUUGGGCGAUAUAUUAGACGAGUACAUAAGCUUGAAGGAGCAGAGAUUGAUGGUGGAUCACGAGAAAAGGAGAGUUGAGACUGCCCUUAAAGGGUUUCAAGAUGUCAUGAGGGCUUACUACUCAGUCUCUGUGGGUGUGGGGAACAUACCUCUUCCUUCAUCUACUCCUCUUCUUCCUCCCUGUGCUUCAGUGGCGGCUUCUAUGGCCCCACUCUACACUCCGCCAAUCAACACCUGCAAUGCAUCUCCUUCAGGUCACAUAAUUAAUGCGUCUCCCAUGUUGAACCAUGAACAACAAUCUGUGUUUCAACAAAAGGCUGCCGAAAAUAGGAGUUCGUCAACUCAUGCACCCAAGUCUUCAUCUGCCAACAAGAGAAAAGCUACAAGGUCUUUUCAAAAGCAUCCUUCAGCUCCUAAAAGAUCAUGUGUUCAAUCACUCAAAGAUUCAUUUAAUGAGCAAGGUAAUACACUAUCCUCAGAGAAUGCAUGUGCCAAAAGCACCAUAGGUGACACAGAGAAACCUUUGGCUGCUGAAUCAACAUCAGGAGACAAUUUAAAACUUGCAUCUACAGUCCAAGAAUCAGCUGUAGCAAGGACAAGCUUACUCAAGCAUCCAUGUGAUCAUGAAGGGUCUUCUGGUUCCCCUAAAACUCCUGGGCAAAAAUUUGCCACUCAGGCAAACAAAUUUAGGUCUCCUCUUGAUGGUUCUCCAGUCCGUAUUAUCAAUACUACUGAAUCAAAUGGGAGUUGCCUCAUCCAAGUGUCUGUAAUAUCUAGCAAAACAGUUAUAGUCAGCCCUCUCAAGGACAAUGGUUAUUUUGCUGUUGAGAGAAGCUACCAUGUUACAACAUCUUCACCUUUGCAUUCAAACACAAAGGAGCCCAUCAGAAGAGAGCACAUAAGGGGGAGGUUGGAUUUUGAUGAUUCUGAUUUGCCUGCAAGCUCAGAGAAACCUCUUGAUACUGACAGCUCCACUUCUUCAACUGACGGGGAAACACAGGAAUUUGACUUUGAUCUUCCAGAUCUUGAUAUCCUUGGGAGGGAUUUCUCAUUCUCUCAACUUUUAGUUGACUUUGACAUUGAUUGUGAAAAAAUUCCCGGCGGCGAGUCAACCACAACUGAUCUCCUUCCAGGGGCAAUGCACAAUGUGUUCAGUGGAUGCAUGGAAACAAAUCAAACUAGUGUAGCUCCCUGCGAAUCAUCUUUAACAGCUCUUUCUCCAGAGGAUUCAAACAUGCAAGCUUCUGAUUCUGUGGCUGCCUUAAGAAGUGUUACACGGUGCAUAAUUGUGAGUCCUGCUAAAACAAGGGGAAAUUCAACCUCAUCGCCCGUAGUUUCACCAGAAAAACGUAGCUAGACAGCUAGUAAUAGCAUAACAAGAAUAUGCUUUUAGAAUGGUUUAAAAGCAAUAUGUAGUUAGUGUUCAACUAAUUAUGGUCAUUGUUUUGGUCAUGUACUCUUUGAUGUUACUGCUUUGUCUAAUACAGCUAUUGCAAGUGGCUAUGGAUAGUAACUUAACAAUUGUUAUUGUUGUUGUCUUUAAACAAGUCUAGCAAUGAGUACUGCUACCUAACUACAUGCAUCUGGUUGCUGUUAAAUAAAUAGUUCAAUGAGCCAAAUGCAUUAAUUACUUGAACAAUGUUG